AUGAAUGGUACUACAACAGCGGAUGCACUAGAUGCUGUGGACUACGACCCCAUCGACCACCUCAAUGCGCUUUUCUCCCACCCUUCGACCCUCUCCUCUGUCCAGAAUGUGUCGACCUCAAUUCAGCAGCACCAAAAUGGACUCGACGCGAAUAUAUCCUCCCUCAUCACCACCCAGACGACCUCGGAUGGCGACAGUGUGCGCCGAAUACAAGAUGCGAAGGCGGAGUUGGCGGAACUCUUCUCAAAGAUCGAGGGGGUACGGGAGCGAGCAUUGCAGACAGAGCGUACGAUCACGGAGAUGACCGCGGAUAUAAAAAGACUGGAUAGCACGAAGAGGAAUCUCACGCUGUCCAUGACCGCCCUGAAGCGACUGCAGAUGCUCACAACCGCCUACGAGCAGCUGAGAGCGCUGAUACAAAGCAAGCAAUAUCGGGAAUGCGCGCACCUGCUCCAGGCGGUCAUGCAGCUCAUGGCACAUUUCAAAAGCUACCGAAGCAUAGACCAGAUAGCAGCUCUCAGCCGUAACGUGGCCGACCUGCAACGAGAGCUGCUGGAACAGAUAUGCGAGGAUUUCGAGAUCACUUUUGCGAGAGGCGAGGUGCAGCAGAAGAGAGGUAUGCUGUCGGAGGCAUGUCAGGUCAUGGACGCGCUUGGAGAUCAUGCUCGGUCGAGACUGAUCACAUGGUACUGCAACACCCAGCUACGCGAGUACCGACAGGUCUUCCGUGGGAACGACGAGGCUGGCUCUCUGGACAACAUCGCGCGCCGAUACUCCUGGUUCAAUCGCAUGCUCAAGACGUACGACAGCGAGCAUGCGAUGCUGUUUCCAGCGCACUGGCGAGUGAACGAGAUGCUGGCAAACUCGUUCUGCGAGAGCACAAGGGACGACUACCGGAGCAUUCUCCAGAAGUCAAUGCGGAGAGCUGACGGCCAUCCGCCCGAUGUCAAUCUAUUGCUGUCUUGCUUACAGGAGACCCUCGACUUCGAGCACAGUCUCGAGAAACGCUUUUCAGCUGGCGAGUCACGAUCUUCCAUGGACACUGUCACCUCGUCUGGCGAAGAUAAACGGCACGGCUUCAGCCAGGCCAUAUCCGAAGCCUUCGAGCCCUACCUCAGCAUCUGGGUGGAAUCGCAGGACAAGCAGCUGGCUACUCUUAUACCGAAGUACCGACAGCAGCCAAUUCGAAGCGAAGAAGAAGAGUUCCACUCUCAGCUUGUCAUGCCAUCCUCCACCGAGCUUUUCCACCAAUACCGCGUCACUUUGGCACAGUGUGCUAAGCUAUCUACCGGUGGCCGGUUAUUGGAGCUCUCCCAGACCUUCGGCAAGUACCUCGAUACAUAUUCACAACAGGUAUUGGCAUACUUCUUGUCGAACAAGACUGGCGGCCCUUCAGUCGAAGAUGCUGUAAUCAUACUCAACACCGCAGAUUACUGCUACACAACCACGAAUCAGCUCGAGGAGAAGAUCAAAGCGCGUGUGGACGAAGACCUACGCGAAAAGGUUGACAUGCAAUCACAGGCCGACUCGUUCAUGGGCAUCGCAUCUGCAGCAGUCAGAGCACUUGUAGCGAGGACAGAGGCAGAGUGCGCACCAGCGUGGCGUGAGAUGCGAACAGUCUCCUGGAGCAAGAUGGACAGCGUCGGCGACCAGAGCAGCUACGUCUCGUAUCUCUUGCAGCGAGUCAACGAGCGGAGUAAGGAGAUUCUUCGGCAUCUGCACAAGCAGCAGUAUGCUAGAGCUUACUGCGACAACCUUGUCGACAGCUUGACGAACACCUAUAUCACCAACAUCGUCGCCGUCCGGCCCGUGUCGGAGACUGGAGCGGAGCAGAUGUUGCUGGACUCGUAUGUGCUGAAGAAGGGUCUGUCCGAGCUCGCGACGCUUAACGCAGAGCCGGGCACACCGGUCAAUCAGUCCUUCGUCAAGCGGGUCACACAGAGUAUGGCGCGCCUUGAUCCGAUCCUGAAGACUCUGCAAGUACGAUCCUCACCCUCUGAAGGCCUGGUGCAAGCAUACCUCAUCCACAUCAAAGAUCGGUCAGAAGCCAACUUCCGGAAGAUGCUCGAGCUGAAGGGUAUUGUAAAGAAAGAUCAAGUCCACCUCAUCGAGCUCUUCAAUGCGCACAAAUCUUCGCCUACGAACGAGAACCUGCAGGCCAGCAACCCGCUCAUUGCGUCCCUUCAGCUCACGGCGCAGACUUCAGCGGCAACAGGUGGUCUCUCGGCCCUGAAGGACAGCACAGUCUCACAUUCCACACCCUCACUACCAGGGCGCUUCGACCCAUCACAAUUCGGCACAGCCAUCAUGAACGCCGCUCGCGACGCAGGCGACCGCUUCGGCUCACCCAACUUGGGCGUCAGCAGCGGAGCCAAUACCACAAACCUAGCCAGCCGAGCUACAAGCCCACCUGUGGAGGACGGCAUGGCGAACGGCGAAGCGGGACAAGAAAAGGCAACGCUAAAUGACAAUUUGAAGAACUUUGGCAACUUUUUUAGAAGAGAUACUGGUGGCUUUGCUACUGGAGGCUUCUCUACUGGAGGCUUCUCCAAGUUCUCUGUGCCGUUUGGACGGAGAGAUGGGAGCUCGGGGCCGCCUGAGAAGUAG